AUGUCGCGGCCCAGCAGCAAAGCCAUCUACCUGAACCGGAAGGAGUACUCACAGAGCCUGAUCACAGACCCCAGCCACCUGCAGUAUAGGGUGGAGCACCUGAUGACAUGUAAGCUGGGGAUCCAGAAAAUCCAGGAGCCCAAAGAUGCCCUGCAGAAGCUUCAGGAAAUGGACGCUGAGGGCCGAGUGUGGAGCCAGGACUUGGUCCUGCAGGUCAAAGACGGCUGGCUCCGUCUGCUGGACAUCGAGACCAAGGAGGAGCUGGAAUCUUACCGCCUGGACAGCAUCCAGGACAUCGAAGUGGCGCUCAACACCUGCUCCUACAACUCUGUUCUGUCCGUCACAGUGCAGGAGUCAGGGCUGCCAGGCACCAGCACCAUGCUCUUCCAGUGCCACGAAGUGGGGGCCGAACGACUGAGGACCAGCCUGCAGAAGGCCCUGGAGGGGGAACGGGAGCAAAGACCCCAAUUUGGAGCGUUCCGCCCUCAGCUGGACAGAUGGAGAGCGCCUCCACUAGAAAGGCCAGUUCCUCUGGAGCCAGGAUCCUCUCUGGAACGGGGGUCUCCCCGGGAACGGAUGCCCCCUCCAGAACAGCCCUACAGGAUGAACUCACAGUGGGACAUCUCAUCAUCCCCAGGACCCCGGUCACGCCACUCCAGUGCCCAAGAAUCAAGCAUUUCUCCUCCAAACAGGCCCCAAGCCCCUGAGGACCCAGAGGGGGAUGAGGAGGUGCUGAACCAUGUCCUAGAUGACAUCGAGCUGUUCAUGAAGAAGCUGAAUACCCAGGAAGAAACCAAUCAGAAGAAAAAGAAGAAGAAGAUGGGAAAGAAAAAGAACAAGGAACAGGGGGGGAUAACAGAGGCAGAGUACGUUGAGUGCUUUCAGAAGAUCAAAUACAGCUUCAACCUUCUGGGAAAGCUGGCCAGCAAGCUGAAGGAUAUAACUGCCCCCGAGUUCGUGCACAUUAUCUUCCAGACUCUGGACAAGAUCCUGGCCCAGUGCCCCGAGCCUGCCCUGGCAGCCCAAGUGAUCUCACCCCUCCUCACCCCCAAAGCCAUCGACCUGCUGCAGAGCUGUCUCAGCCCACCUGAGACUACACUCUGGAUGGGGCUGGGCAUGGCCUGGACCACCAGCCGGGCCAACUGGAUGGGCAGUGAGCCCCCGCCUUACCAACCCCUGUUCUCUGAUGGCUGGCAGCCCCCGGAGCCCGCCAACCAGGAGCCCUCGGGAUACCAGGACACUGUCUCGGGGCGGGGGGGAAGAUCUAGGUCUGGGAGCAUCUCCCGCUUUGCUCACGAGGAGCCCUACAGCGGGGGCCCUGGGGAGCACGCUGUCAGGCCCUCCAGUCCCGAACCUGUCAGCCCAGCCCUGAAAAUGCAAGUCCUCUAUGAGUUUGAGGCCAGGAAUGCGCAGGAGCUCACAGUGCAGCAGGGAGAGGUGCUGGAGGUUCUGGACCAGAGCAAGCGGUGGUGGCUGGUGAAGAAGGACACAGGACACCAAGGCUACAUUCCCAGCAACAUCCUGGAACCCCUCCGCUCCUCCCCGUCGACGACACCCCAACUGGGUGUGAACCUGAGACUUAGCUCCAAGCCUGCGGAGGUCACAGCAUGGCUGCAGUCACAGAACUUCUCCCCGGCCACGGUGAAGGCUCUCGGGUCCCUGACCGGAAGUCAGCUGCUUCACAUGGGGCCCAGGGAGAUCCAGAUGCUGUGCCCACAGGAGGCCCCGCGGGUCCUGGUUCGGCUGGAGGCUUUCCAAAGGAAACUAGGGGUGAGGCACCCUGGGGUCCAGACCCUAACUGGAAAUGAUACUCCAUUAGGCACCAACUCGGACACCUCUGAGGCCCAGGCCCUGUCACAAGCAAGAUGGCAGCUGUAA